AAAAUCCAUAUAAACUAUAUCAACUGCACCACCUUCAUCCACCCUCUCCGUUAAUUCAUCAAAAAACCCUAUCAGGUUUAUAUUGGGAAAUUGUAGUGAAAUUGUAGAAAAAUCUUUUAUACCUAGAAAUAAUUGUAUGCCUUUUUAAAUCAAACAUUAGCUGAAACAUUAAAAAAACAAGUCCUGGGAAAACUCAGACUUGGCAAUGCCAGCUACAUCUUUAUCUGGCUGGACAUUCCAUGGAAGCAGAGAGCAGUAACUUCUGUAACUCUGAAAUGAAUAAGACAUUGUCUGACACAAACACCAUCUGGAGAUAAGUUUAUGCCUCUAACGUCCUUGAAUCCUCCCCUAACCUGAACUCCCUUCCCUCAUUAUUUCUUACUCUGUGUUAUAAAUUUAAAGGUUGUAUUCUUGUGAGACAGCUUUAGAUUGUAUCUUGUAUACUUUAAACAACGGUAUCAAUCAGGUACAUAUUCUAUGCCAAUUAUAUUUGAUUGACUUUUUAAAGAAUAAUAAUCAACACGAAUAGAUACUAAUUAAGUAGAUGACAUUUAACCUUGUUUAGAGAUAUAGAUUGAUUGACGUCACCAUUCGAAUAGUUGUUGGAACCACAUGAUUGAUAAUGUUUUUUUAAUUGCCUUUGUAUGCUUUAUGACCUUGAGCACUUUUGGGGAUAAAAAGGCUGCUUUAACUGACCAAAAGCAGCUCAUUCUUUUGGACUGUCAGGUGCUCUACUUGGGAGACUGUUGACUGUUCUUGAAUCAGCUCUUUUAAUUGCAAUUAAAUCUCAGCAUUAAAUCUCAACAUUGGAUAUAUCCACGGUGUAUGGUCUGUUUGUAAGACAACGGUUGGGACGAACGGGGAAAAAGUUACAACUCAACAUUUGGCGCUGCGAGCAGGGGCUCAAGACGUUACAUCAAGGAACGAGGAGUCGAAUAAGAGGUCAAGCAGUUGUCGAGAACAGCAUCCGAGAAACAGGCCAACAAGGUGAGAUAAUUAUCUGUAAAACCUUGGUUUCUCACAUGUUGUUUUUAACAAAUGUAACCCACGACUAUCGAACCUAAAUAACUGUUGACGAGUCCCCAGUAAAAGAACCGUUAACAUACAUCCGUUGGAAGUGAAAAAUAUAUUUGGGGAAACGUUAAAAAAAUUAUAAAUUUGUUUUUCUAAAAACUGUAACUCAAACCAAUCACUAAACAAUUGACGCAUUCGUCUUAGCUGGUUGUUGUUUUGGGCACAGGAUCCCCGACGUGCAGUGAAGCACGACGUGGAAUACGAGUUCAUCGGUAGACAAACUAAUCCGUUACACGUUCGUGAUAUAUGGUAGUUUUGAACGACUAGUAGCUCGAAAACCGGGGAGAAUUUGGUAAUCGCUAGACAAACUAAUCCAUUACGAAUUCGUAGUGGUAUUUGUAGUUUUGUUACUUGUGGUAUCGAGUGUUAUAAGUUGUGUUUUAGUGAAAUUCGUUUUUGUUUCGUUAUUUGUUGUGUCGGGUGUUAUAAGUUGUGUUUUAGUGUAAUUCGUAAAGAAAAAAAAUGGGUACAGUACUUGACAAAGCAAGUAGCCCAAAGGAUCCGGUCCAAAUUAUGUGCACAUUAUAUGCUGAAUACGAGACCAAAUUCAGAUUACUAUCUGGGCAGGCGAGCAAGCAAUUGGAAGGUUGGCCUCAAGGAGGUACUUGGGAUUUGGAAAAACUAAUAAAAAUACAAAAUGCAAUAUGGAAAAAACGAGGCUGCGGAAAAGGGUUAAAAAUUAAGUUAGCCAUUAAAAAAUGGAUAGAAGAAGGUGAAAAAAGAAAGAACAAGUCAGUGGUAGCCAGUUGGCAAGAAGAGGGGCAUUAGUAUCCUAAAUAGUGAAGGAAAUAAUAAGGAAGUAGAAGAAUUGAUGGAAGAGUGUAGGAUUAAAGAUGAAAAAGGAAGCAAAGAAAUAAGCAAGCAAAAAGCGGAGAGCUGUACAAAAAGCACAGACUAAAGUUGCUGACGAUUCAGAUUCGGAAAUAGAAGACGAUAUAAUGUGUUGGUUGACUGAUCAUCAACCACCAGCUUUACAAAUUGUAGAACCGUCAAUUCCAGCUGCUCGGCGGGGCCGUCAGUACCUGUCGUGCCCACUGCUCCUCCUCGGGAUGCAGGUCCAUUCGCAGACCCAGUUUCGAACCGAACCCGGUCACACGAUACACCUCCCUCUUUGCCUCUGUAUCCACAAACAGUAGAAUACACUACUGCGCAGACAGAAGGCCCCACCCAGACACUGCCCAAAUAGGAUGUUCCCAAACCCCGCAGACAAUCAACCAAUACGAGUCUGGAGCCCGUGGAAGCCGUCGGAAUUACACGGCAUUCUCCAACAAGCCCCCGAUACAUCAGGAGAUGCUGGAGCACUGAGACAUUACCUGCUGCUUACUACACAGGUGUAUGGGGCAACAGGAGAGGAUCUUUGGUCACUAAUACAGAUCGCGCUCAAUAGAACACAAUGGGCAGCGUUUAAAGCAGCAGUGGAAGUUGAUAAUUGGGAAGCUUUUGCUAACAGAUAUGCCGACCCAGAAGAUCAAAAGGAAACUCCACUGGCAGCAGUAAAGCGAGUCUUGGCAAGCCCCGUUAAUAUCCAAAAUACUAGAUUGUAAAGCUAAAAAUGGACACGAAGCUGACGAAUUCAUGAUAAAGUACAACCAGAUUUAUGAAAAAUUCUCCGGCGACACAACUUAUUUGGCAGGGCGACCAUCGCCACAAUAUAAUGCUUUGGUUUUACAAUCAGUUCCAGCAAAAGUAGCUGAAAUGGUUAAAACCAACAACAUGAAUUGGCAGCUGUAUACACUUGCUUACAGGCUGCGUCGAACAUUACACUAAACUCAAACAUAGUGGUACAUACAACACAUUCGGUUACAGCAUUACUAUGCCAAAUGCAGACACAAUAUUUAACUAUAGCACGACAGAGUAGAUAUGAGGCAGCCCUACUAAGCAAUCCUCAGCUAUCCUUUGUUUGCUGCACAAACAUUAACCCCGCAACGUUCCUCUCUCAUCAGCCAGCUGAUUUAGAUGACCCAAAUCACGAUUGCAUUCAAGUAAUACAGCACACUACGCCUCCACGGGAUGAUUUAACUGAUAUACCCCUGGACAAAGUCGAUUUAAUAUUAUAUGUUGAUGGGAGUUCCUCUAUUGAUGAGUUUGGGAAACGAAAAUCUGGCUAUGCUAUUGUGACAGGGGAAAUGGAGAUAGAAGCAGCAGCAUUUGAAGAGCCAACAUCUGCACAACAAGCAGAGGUGUUUGCUCUUACCAGAGCAUGCAUACUGGCAGAGGGAAAAUACGUUAACAUGUAUACAGAUUCCCGAUAUGCUUUUGGGGUAGCCCAUGAUUUCGGAACAUUAUGGAAACAGCGAGGUUUCCUAACCAGUUCAGGCCAAGACAUACAGAAUAAGACUUUAUUAAUUAAUUAAUUUACUGAAAGCCAUACUUCUACCUAAUAGGCUAGCUAUCAUUAAAAGUGCAGCACAUACAACAGGGACUUCAGCAGUUGACAAUGGGAAUAGACGAGCUGAUGCAGCAGCUAAAUUGGCAUCUGGAGAGCAAAAAUUAAUUGUUCCUAAAAUGACGAAUAUGGCUCAAAGAUCCACAAGGAUACAGUCAGAUUCUGAGGUAAAAAAGAUGCCAACUUUAGAUGACGUUAUCUCAUUACAAAAAGAGGCCUCUACAGAUGAAAUAACAGAAUGGGAAAACAAUGGAUGACAAUGACAAUUUAAAAUUGUGGUUAACUCCGGCCGGACAGUGUUGUGUUCCACUUAGCUUACUACCAUGGUUAGUUGAUAUUGUUCAUCAACAAACGCAUGCUGGCAAGGAGGGAAUGGUGGGGUUAUUACUGCAAUCAUGGUGGAGCCCCUUAUUUGACUAAAGCGCCCAAAAAGUAAUACAAAGAUGUUUAAUUUGCCAAAAAUUUAACAUUGGAAUACGAACACCAUCCCCCUAGGCCGUACGCCUCUUCCAGCAGGGCCAUUUGAUACAAUUCAACUAGAUUUCAUUGAAUUGCCAAAAACUCAGUGUUACAAAUAUUGUCUAGUAAUUGUAGAUGUAUUCAGUAAGUGGAUAGAAGCUUAUCCAACUACCUGCAACACUGCAGGAACAGUUGUAAAAAUGUUAUUAAGAAAAAUAAUACCACAAUUUGGAAUUCCCAGUUGUAUAAGUUCAGACAACGGACCACACUUUACAGCCCGGAUAAACAAAGAACUUUGUGACCAAUUAAACAUCAAACAGCAGUUUCACUGUCCAUACCAUCCUCAAUCUGCAGGAUUGGUGGAGAGGGCUAAUCAAACAUUGAAACUCAAACUGUCUGAAGAAACGGGACUGAGCUGGUUUAAAAUUCUACCUAUGGCUCUAUUCCAAAUGAGAGUCACACCACAAUGGCAAACCAAGCUGUCUCCGGCUGAAAUAUUAUACGGAAAAGCAUUGCAAACUCCCUGGGCUUUUUCCCGGAAACAUAAUCCUUCUAACAUUUAUGAGAUGACGAGCGAAGUACAUGAUUAUGUGAUUGCUCUAACAAAAAGCUUGCAGCAGUAUCAUUCACAGGUCCAGAACCUACACAAGGAGGGAGGUGGACAGACGGAAGAUUCGAAGGACGUUGGUCCUAGGAUACAAGCUGGAUUUGCAACUGGACCCACAAAAAGUUGGAACCCCGGUGGAACGGACCAUUUCAAGUGCUGCUAACAACACCGACUGCUGCCAAGCUACAAGGAUGAGAGAAAUGGGUUCAUUUAAACCACUGCAAAAGACUUACGUAUACAUAAUGAUAUUAUGUUGUGUAAAUAUAACACAUGGAAAGGACAUGUACAUGACGUUUACUAACCUGACUAACCAAACUUUAGCAUUAGAACCAGGGGACGCUUUCCAACAAGUGUUAGCGAUAGUGUCGAUACGUAAGGGAAAUGAAGAAGAAUUGGUUUAUUUGGAAAGCCAGAAUGGUAACACUAACUGUAGCCACAGAAAUGAAACUUCCUGCAGGUUUACUACAGGAACUGGUAUUACAUUACAAAUGGGCUGCUGUAACAUGCAAUAUACCAGACUGGGAGAUUUGACAUACAAAAAGGAUACAGGAAUUAGAGUUAAAAGGGACCUUUUAGAUGGGAAUGCCAAAACCAAUAAUAACCUGGUCAUGACUAAACACUUAAGGGUUAAUUAUCAAAAACACUCAGAGAAGGAGAAUUCGUUCCUUCAGUAUUUGGGCUUAGUAAGGCGAUAUGCCAACAACAGUACGAGAAGGGUGGUGUGCACGCCACAGCCUCGCUCUGUAGGUUCCGGUAUAACAAUGAUGGCUAUUGCCACUACUGACUGUGAUUUAUGUUACCUGACAGCCAACGAAAUAAAUAAUUGUAGUAUUCAUAUGAAAGCUAGUCAUUAUACACCCAUCACCUGUUUUCAAGGAGAAGAAGAUAAAACAAACCUCUCCGAAGCCUGCAUUAGAUGUGAUGAUAUGCCUCCAAGCAUGGAGGUUAACAUAGUACCAGUUUUUGAAUGGUGUCUGGAAAACUGGGACAGAAAGGGUUUUGCUCCCAAUAACAACAAUUAUAUGCUAAUAACUGGAAAGGAAUUAGGACAACUGCCUUCCUCUAAAUGUAGCGUGAUAGUCCAGGGGGACUCUAUAAUGCCUGAUGCGAACCCUUUAGUGUCUAAUGCCAAGGGAAUAGUUAGACCAGUAUCACAGUGCCUUCAGAGUAUUACACCAGCACUGGCCAAGGUGAUAUUAAUGUCACAUUCCUGUUCUAUUCAAACUUCAGAUGAACUUCAUUGGAUAUGUGGAGAUACUGCCUAUAAAUGGUUGCCUAAUGGGUGGCUCGGAAGAUGUGGUCUAGCUUAUGUAGUGCCUUCUUUCAGGUACCCCAGCGAUACCCCUGAAGAGGAUGCUCGAGUAACACGGAUGAAAAGGUUAAACAAAACAGGACUACAUCGGCAUAAGAGGAGUAUGCGAUGGCAAUGAUCAGCUCAGGCACAAGGCAGAUGGUGUGUUUGCAGAAGUCUUUCAAUCUCUGAUUUGCUCCUAUUACUCCAAUUUGAAGCCCAAAGAGAACAGAAUUAAGGAAGCAAAGACUCAACAAAGACUUCCUCUCCGAUCACUGUGAAUCUCUGGGUACCUUCAGGUGGAUCUGUACUGUGGUUUGAACAAAUAGUUGGCUGCUCUCAUACUGUUUAAAUGGCUAAUUUGGAUGGAUGUGGCUCCACAUGACCUGCUGUAAAUGAAAUACAAGCUUGAGAUAACAGAAGAAAGUAGAAAACUGAUAAUAGAAUGUUUUUUUAAAUUCUAAAUUUUACACUGAAUUUAGGAGCAUUUAA